AUGUGCAUUGUAUUGUUCACCACGGCUCAUCCGGGCUAUUCGCUCAUCCUCAUCGACAACCGCGACGAGUACAUUCUGCGCCCAACGUCGAGGCCGAGCUGGUGGAAACACCCGACGUCGGGCGAUGAGGUGCUCUCGGCGCGCGACCUCCAGAGGGCGGAGAAGGGAACCUGGUUCGGCAUCUCGAGAGGUGGCACGCUGGCCGUCCUGACCAACUAUCGAGAGCUCGACCUGCACGAUGUCGGCCAUCCCGUGCACGGCAUCAGGAGCAGAGGCCGUAUGGUGACGGCUUGGCUCGGAGGCAUGGCCGACGGCGGCAUCAAGGAGGGCGUGCACCAGCUCGUCAAGGACGGAGGUGUCGCGGGCGUCGGCGGCUUUUCAAUGGUCAGCGGCAAGCUGAGGAAGAAGGGCGGCGGCAUCGCCAUUGUGAGCAACCGGGCCCGGCAGGCCGACGACGUUCCCCUCGUCGGCCUGGAACGGGGGGAGACGUGGGGGCUCAGCAACACCGUCUUUGACGACCCCGACGAGUGGCCGAAGGUCAAGACGGGCAAGCAUCUCUUGAGCCAGGUCGUGUCCGAGGCAGCCGAUGCCAAGGCCGGCCAACAAGAACUCAUCGCCAGACUGUUCUCCAUCCUCGACACAGAUACGCUGCCUUUGCGAGCUCCCGAGAUGGGCUUCGAGGAAUACGUCAGCCAGCUCAAGCACACCAUCUUCGUGCCCGCCAUUGGAGACGAGGCCCAUCGUCAGGCCAUGCGCGAGGCCACAACCAAGGGCCGCGGCGACUGGGCCGCGCUGACGGGCGAUGGCAAGGCCGUCGAGGCGCUCUUAGCUGAGCAGCGGCCCGACGCGAAUCCGAGCCCCGAGACCAUCGCUGCGUUCGAGACGGGCAUGUACGGGACGCAGCGGCAGACGGUGCUGCUGGUGGACUGGGACGGCCAUGUCACCUUGGUCGAGCGAGCUCUGUGGGACAGCAACGGCAACGAGAUUCCCAGAGGACAGGGCGAUGUUGUGUUUCGCUUCGAGAUUGACGGCUGGGACGAGUGA